AAAACAUAAUUUCUUUUCAAAAUUCUAGUAAAUUUUAAGUUUUUUGGGGGUUCGUUAGCUUGUAUUUGUUUAGUCCUUCAGAUAGUGACUUGCGUAGAGAUGAUUGCAACAUGGAGAAAAAAGAGAACAGAGAAAAGGGUAACAAAGAGAGGAUUUAUGAAGAAAACAAUCAAGGAGUUAGUGAUACCAAUCCAAUUUACAUGUCCAAUUUCAUUAGAUUUAAUGAAAGAUCCAGUGACUUUAUCGACAGGGAUUACAUAUGAUCGAGAAAACAUCGAAAAAUGGAUUAAUGAAGGUGGAAAUCAAACAUGUCCCAUCACAAAUCAACACUUGAAGUCAUAUGGAAGUGGCAUUAGUACUAUUGAUCCUGUUUUGAUUCCAAAUCACAACAUUCGAAAAAUGAUUCAACAAUGGUGUGUUGAAAAUAAGGAACAUGGGAUUGAUAGGAUUCCAACUCCAAGAAUCCCCAUUUCAUCGUCUGAUGUCUCUGAAUUACUCGCGAAAAUAACUAAUUCGAGCAAGUUAGAGAUGCAAGACUCAAGAUUAUGCGAAGAAUUAGUCACUAGAGUGAAGAAUUUAGCUAGUGAAAGUGAUCGAAACAAAUGUUGUUUCGUCACUAAUGGCAUAGGAAAGGUGUUAUCAUCAGCAUUUCUUGAACUAUCAAAGGGAAAAAACGCGAAAAAUGCUUCAACAGAGGAAGUGAUCUUGUCAACUUUGACACUUUUUUUGCCUUUGGAUGUUAAGUCCAAGACAAUUCUUGGGUCGAUUUCAUCGUUACGUUGCAUAGCAUGGUUCUUGAAGAAUGGGAGUUUAUCAAGUAGGAGGAAUGCAGUUCUUGUCCUUAGAGAUAUCAUGAAAAUGGAAGAACAAGAAAAGGUUGAAAUCUUGUUGAAUAUUGAAGGUGCUUUAGAAGGGCUAGUGAAGUUAGUAAAAGAGCCAAUUUGUCCUAAUACUACAAAAGCUUCUUUAUUAACAAUUUAUCAUAUGGUUAAUAAUUCAUCAUCCCAAUCAUCAAGAUCAAGAUUUGUUGAUGUGGGGUUAGUUGAAUUGUUGAUAGAAUUACUUGUGGAUUGUGACAAAAGCAUAUGUGAAAAGGCAUUAGGUGUUUUGGAUGGGAUAUUGAGCUAUGAAGAAGGGGUGAAAAGGGCUUAUAAUUAUGCACUUAGUGUGCCUGUUUUGGUGAAGAAAUUGUUGAGAGUUUCAGAUUUGGCUACUGAAUUUUCAGUUUCAAUUUUGUGGAAGAUAUGCAAGAAUGAAAAUAAUGGAGAUUGUGGUGUUUUUGUUGAAGCACUUCAAGUUGGUGCAUUUCAAAAGCUUUUGUUAAUGCUACAAAUUGGUUGUAGUGAAAUAACAAAAGAGAAAGCUAGUGAAUUGUUGAAGUUGUUGAAUGUGCAUAGGGAUAGAGCAGAGUGUGUUGAUUCUUUGGACUUCAAGAGUCUCAAAAGGACAUUUUGAAAC